AUGGGAGUCACCAUCCUCGGAGCCACCGGCGAGACCGGCCGAUCGGUUGCAAACGCCUUACUCGAUGACUCCGAGCAGUUCGAGCUUACCGCCCUCAUCCAUCCCCCCUCCCUCGACAAGGAGGUAGCCACCCUCAAGUCUCGCGGGGUCCGCAUCGUCAGCAUCGACCUCGCCACCGCUCCGCACCGCGAGAUCGUCGACCUCCUGCGCGGCACAGACGUCGUCAUCUCCUGCGUCCUGGCGCACGUCAUGACAGAGCAGCUAGCCCUAACCACCGCGGCCAAGGAGGCCGGCGUGCAGCGCCUCGUCCCCAGCUUCUUCGGCCCCGUCAUGCCAGCCCGAGGCGUGCAGACCUUGCGUGAGCAGAAAGAGGACCUUCUCGACCACGUCAAGCGGCUGUGUUUGCCCUACACCGCCCUCGACAUCGGCUGGUGGUACCAGCUGAUCCUGCCGCACCUGCCCUCGGGCCGCAUCGACGGCUCCCUGGCCGUCCGGUCCGAGGCCAUGGUCGGCGACGGCCGGACGCCCCUGGCGCUGACCGACAUGCGUGACGUCGGGCGCUUCGUGGUGCCGGUCAUCGCGCCCGCGGACGCUGAACAAAAGCGUCUUUGCGCACGGCGAGGAGCGGACCCAGGAGCUUCUGGAGGAGGUCUCCGGGGAGGAAAUCCCUUGAAAAUACGUGAGUUUCUUGCCAUUCAUACAUCUGGCGAGGAGAUCAGCGCCACCAUCAACCAAGCCAAGGAGAAGAUGGCACAGGGCACAACCGACUUUGCUACGCAGCUGCAGCUGUUCGGCGGGCAGUACCAGUACUCGUGGGGUAUCCGGGGGGACAACACGCUCGAGCAUGCCAAAUAUUUGGGAUAUCUCGAUGCGAAGGAGCUGUACCCGGACCUCAAGCCGCGGAAGUUCAAAGACUAUGUCCAGGCCGUCGUGGAUGGGACCGCUCCCAAGGUCUGGGAGGCUAGCCAGGACUGGGGAAGCUGA